UCGCACUUCCAGCCUAAGCCUGCGAACCACCGGCAAAGUAUCAGAUUCGAGCGACCAAACGCAAUACAUAUCUUGCCAGGGACGUUUUGAAGGUGUUUCUGCAAGCGUAUGCACGCUCGCUUUCUAUUGUUAUUCAUGUGGCAAGCCCUGCGACGCCCACUCAUUUCAGCCUGCCCCCAACAACCAUUCCUCGCUGUCCUCACAGCCACAGCUCCAAAAAGUCCGAGUCGAAGCACAAGGAGAACCAUCAUGUCUAUGGAGACGGUGGCCACGCUGAAGCGCAUCAGCGCCGACAACCUAGCGCGUAUGCUGCGCGAGCAAGGAGCGGACGUCAGCUCCGAGGGCUCAAAGAUUGCGAUUGUAGAUGUCCGUGACGACGACUACUUGGGUGGCCAUAUCAAAGGCAGCAUAAACUGCCCCUCGCGCGCGCUCGACACGCCCACGCUGCUGCGGCGCCUGGCGGACAAGGAGACGGUCGUGUUCCACUGCAUGCUCUCGCAGCAGCGCGGGCCGUCCGCGGCGUUGCGGUACCUGCGCGAAAAGGACGCCGCUGCUGCACGGGCUGGGGGGCUGGGAGCACAGAACAUCCACCAGAAGCUGCUUGUCCUGGAUCGUGGGUUUCAAGGGUGGCAGGAGAAGUUUGCGGAGGACAAGAGUCUGACGGAGGGAUAUCGGAAGGACCUGUGGGAUGAUAUGAUGCUGUGAUGUGCUGGCUGGCUCAGUCCGGGGGGGAUAAUGACCGAAAGCAGGUCACGAGAGGCACAAGAAAUCACGUCAUGAGCUUAGAACUGAGUAUGGCGGGACUGGCUGACACAAGAGAUGAGUGCAUUUCAGGGUUCGACGCUAUGCAGAUAUAGAGGGCCUAAUCAUCAUCAUCGUCAUCGUCGUCCAA